ACCCCCCCAAACAGGAGGCUGACCAGUAUAUAAAGUCCAGGAGGAUUUGGCUUCUCAGAAGAGCUUGACAAUAAGUCUUAAAGAAAAAAAGGGAGAAAUACACAUUGAAGAAGAUAAUCAAGCUAAAAAAAAUAUAGCAGUGUGAUUUAUUUAUUUAAUCAAGGCCUCCUAGAGCUGCUUCAGGAGGAAUCCGCCUCUCUCCGCCUCCCUCUUCCCCCCUUCUACUCUCCUCCUCUGCCUUAUCCAGCACUUGCAACCAUCCAUGAGUGUGACCAACUCCUCCGCCUAUCGAUCGGAGCGCAGUUUCCACCAGACCUCGUCCUCAACCUCGUCCUCUUGCAACCCAUACAUGGAGAAGAGCCGGGGGCUGUUCACUGAGGACUUUGACUCCUUCAUGAGGCCUGGAAGCGACUCCUUGGGAUUUUCCAGUGGAGGUGGAAAUAUCAAAACUCUUGAUGAUUCGUACCAGUUCACAGUCGACGUGCAAGACUUCUCCCCAGAGGAUGUCAUCGUAACAACGUCCAACAACCAGAUAGAAGUCCGUGCAGAAAAGUUGGCCCAGGAUGGUUCAGUGAUGAACACUUUCACCCACAAGUGCCAACUUCCUGAGGAUGUAGACCCCACCUCGGUGACAUCAUCCCUGGGCCCUGAGGGCACCUUGACAGUCCGGGCGCGCAGACAGCCGGCCAAACAUGAGCUCGUACAGACCUUUCGCACCGAAAUCAAAAUCUAGAGAUGGACCCACUUCCUCAGCAUAAACCCAUCACUUUUGGGGUUUUAAACCUUUUUUUUAAAGCUUCCCUAAUGAAGCUUUAUCUAAGUCCCACGAUGGAUGAGGAUAUGAUCUGUCCUACAUAGUCAUACCAGUUAAAUAACCUGUUUAGAUACAAUGGUCCUUGUAUUACUCUUUUCAUUGCAUAAUAUUUGCCUUUUGUUCCGAUUGCAGAGGAAGACAUGAUUCCAUGAAAAUAAACCCUGUCGCAGACACAAUUUAAUCCUCGGAUAAACCAGGCUGCCAUGGAUGUGUUAGAGCACGUCCAAACACUGUGCUAUAAGGAAGCUGCAGCUUUUACUCACUACAUUAACAGCACAUGUACAGUCCAGCUGCAGAGGGAAACUCAUGGUUAUUUCAGCAACUAGUUCUCUGACCUCUUGGGGGUCCUUAUUGAGCAUUAGGAAAGGAUUCAUUCCUGGAUAAGUUGAGCUUUAAAUUUAAACAACCAAAAAAUAAAGAAAAUGAUGCUAUAACAAAAAAAAAGAAAAAAAAGAAAAUCAUCCUCACUCAGAAGAACAUUGUGAAUUCCACAGCUUUAAUCCCAAUAAAAAUGCUCUAUCUAUCGAUGCACUUUAAAAUUCUUCAAGGAUGUGACCGAACUUGAUGUUUGAUAAAGCAGAAUUAAUUUAUUUUGUUCUGACCCAUGCAACACACAUCCUCAGUACACCAGCAUAAAAGGCAAGGUAAAGAUUGCGACAGCAGCUCAGCUUUUAAAUCAAUCCCUCUAUUUCCUAAUCUGUUUUUUUUCAUCAGUACUAAUUUAUUGUAUUUAAUUCUAUGAUUAAACUUGCAUUAAACAUGA